AUGAUGCAGCGCGUGCUGACGCUGAGACUUGCGCGACUUUUUACUCAGAGGCAUAAACUGUUGCCGAGUGUCCGAACCGCAGCACCGAAUAUGUCGACUCUGCUUAUUAACCAACCAGAGUACAACUGGUUGAAAGAGUUAGGACUUAAAGAGGACAAUGACGGUGUUUACAACGGUUCUUGGGGAGGACAGGGAGAGGUGGUCACUUCAUAUUGUCCAGCAAACAAUGAGCCCAUUGCCAGAGUGCGUCAGGCAACCAUAGCAGAAUAUGAGGAAACCAUACAGAAAGCACUGGACGCAUGGAAAGUGUGGGCAGAUGUACCUGCUCCAAAGAGAGGGGAAAUUGUUCGACAGAUUGGAGAGGCUUUAAGGAGGAAGAUCAAAGCUCUCGGCAGCUUAGUGUCUCUAGAGAUGGGCAAGAUCUAUGUGGAGGGUGUUGGUGAGGUGCAGGAGUAUGUGGAUGUGUGUGACUAUGCUGUAGGACUGUCCCGUAUGAUUGGAGGUCCCAUUUUGCCAUCUGAAAGGCCAGGUCAUGUGCUGAUCGAGCAGUGGAAUCCUGUUGGCUUGGUAGGAAUCAUCACAGCCUUUAACUUUCCUGUGGCUGUAUAUGGCUGGAACAAUGCCAUUGCUCUCAUCUGUGGAAAUGCCUGUCUUUGGAAAGGAGCUCCGACCACACCCCUUACAAGUGUUGCGGUUACCAAGAUUGUAGCUGAAGUUUUGGAGCAGAAUCAUCUUCCUGGUGCAAUCUGUUCUAUGACAUGUGGUGGCGCUGACAUUGGCAUGGCCAUGGCUAAAGACGAGCGAGUGGGUCUUCUGUCCUUCACGGGUAGCACUCAUGUGGGCAAACAAGUGGCAAUGAUGGUACAAGAACGGUUUGGUCGUCAGCUACUGGAGUUAGGAGGAAAUAACGCCAUCAUAGUAUUUGAGGAUGCUGAUCUUAGCUUGGUUGUACCGUCUGCUGUCUUUGCAUCUGUGGGAACGGCUGGUCAGCGAUGUACUACUACCAGACGACUGAUGCUGCAUGAAAGCAUACAUGAUGAGGUUGUGGAGAGAAUCGCUAAAGCUUACAAGCAGAUUCGCAUUGGUGACCCCUGGGACCCAAACACUCUUUAUGGACCUCUGCACACCAAACAGGCUGUUCAGCAGUAUCUGGCAGCCAUAGAGCAGGCAAAACAGCAGGGUGGGACUCUUGUGUGUGGAGGAAAGAUCAUGGAUCGGCCGGGUAACUAUGUGGAACCCACUAUUAUCACUGGACUACCGCACAAUGCUUCUAUAGUUCACACUGAGACCUUUGUGCCCAUCCUUUAUGUGCUGAAAUUUAAGACAGAGGAAGAGGCAUUUUCCUGGAAUAACGAAGUUAAACAAGGGCUCUCCAGCAGUAUCUUUACUAAAGACAUGGGAAGAGUGUUCCGCUGGUUAGGUCCUAAAGGCUCCGACUGUGGCAUUGUGAACGUUAACAUUCCUACUAGCGGUGCUGAGAUUGGAGGAGCGUUUGGAGGUGAGAAACACACAGGAGGUGGGCGCGAGUCGGGCAGCGAUUCUUGGAAGCAGUACAUGAGAAGGUCCACAUGCACCAUCAACUACAGCAAAGAUCUGCCAUUGGCCCAGGGGAUCAAGUUUGAAUGAAUCAUGAUGUUGCCUAGUUAGUGGUGUAAAAUAGCAUUCAUGAUAGACACAACCCUGUGUUCAUGUUUGUUUCAUAUAAAUCUGUUUGUACUCCCACAGUCCACUGAUCAUUGCAACCCUUGUUUUGUAGCACUUAAUGCUUGAAGAUUUGAUGAUGUUAAUUAAACUAUGAAUUAA